UAUUUUUAUUUUUUCUUUCCCGCGAUUUCCCCCCGUCUUUAUGCUCAGCUCUUUGCACAGCGCCGCAAGCUUCUAAUCACCGUCUCUUCUUGAAAAUCAAAGUCUCGCAAGCUUUCUCUAAAAUCACGUAAUGGAAACCAAACCGUCUGGUUCUCCAACGAGCCUAGUCGACCAAUUCGUCAUGCCAGGUGAUGAGGCUCUCGAUCUCUCAACCAUGUCUAACCAGACCAUUAAGCUCGGCAGAAGUCUCCGUCAGGACGGUGAUGUUCUUUCUGUCAUGAAGGCUGGGACAUUUAAAUUCUCAAAGCCAAACAAAUAUUGGGUUGAGAGCUCGCAGAAAAGGUAUGAGCCUCAUGCAGGGGAUUCUGUUCUUGGAAUUGUGGUGGACUCUAAAGCAGAUAACUUUCUUGUGGACAUAAAAGGACCUGCAUUGGCAUUUUUGCCCGUGCUUGCAUUUGAAGGAGGAACUAGGAGAAACAUACCAAAGUUUGAGGCAGGUACUUUGAUCUAUGUUCGGGUUGUCAAGGCAAACCCUGGCAUGAAUCCAGAGCUUUCAUGCACUGACGCCAGUGGGAAAGCAGCAGAAUUUGGCCAACUUAAAGAUGGUUAUAUGUUUGAAUCUUCAACCGGCCUGUCAAGAAUGCUCCUGAGCUCUCCAACGUGUCCAGUUCUUGAUGCAUUAGGGAAGAAGCUUUCAUUUGAGAUAGCGGUUGGCUUAAAUGGUCGUGUUUGGGUCAACGCCACCUCUCCAUCUACAGUCAUUGUUGUUGCUAAUGGAAUUAUGAACUCAGAAUUUAAGAGUGGGGUACAGCAGAGAGGGAUGGUGGAGAAAUUGCUUCAGAAUUUAAAGUUGUCAACUUGAUAAUUAAAAAGUGCAUGCUUUGGAGCUGUUAGCUGUUGUUAAAUUUACCUUUUGCAGAGCAUGGUUAUGUGGGGGUUAUAAAGACGACAAAUUUCUACACACACUAAUGCCCGUUUUUCAUUCUGCUGUCAUAGAAUCUUGCAUGAAAUGAGUUUGUGUAUACCAUUGUGGUUUUAUUUUAUAUUUUGAUCAUCUUUUGGACUUGGAAGUCAUUAAAUUUUGCAUAUUUUUGGUUAUCUUUGGAAUUGGUGAGGAGUUAUGUUGUAACUUUUAAUUUCAAGCGUGGAAACUUUGUGAUUUUUUUACAUUUUUGGAAUUGGUGAGGACUUAUAUUAAAGGA